UGCACCAUUUCAGUUGGUUUGCCAACCGCCAUUAACACCAGAAGAAGAAGACGGCGUCUCUAACCACUCGGCUCACCGUUAGCAGUCAGAUUGUAGCAUGUUUUUACAGUUCAGCCGUUCACAACUGUGGAAAUAAUAUUCAUUGUUAUUCAUCUGCGAGAUCUGAUCAUGGGAAACACCAGCGAUCGAGUGUCUGCUGAUAGACAUGGAGCCAAGACGCAUCGCUCAGACAGCGGAGGUCAUAAAGACCUGGAGCCCGGCAAAAUGAUGGACAGCACGGACGACCCCAAUAUUUUUAACACACGUGGACCAGAAUCUAAAGCGGCGAGUGAGAAGGACUUCGCUCCAGAUCUAGAGGACAUGGUGAAGACGAGUCCGCAGGCGCGACCCACAGUGAUCCGCUGGGCCGGAGGAGGCAAGGAGGUCUGCAUCACUGGCUCCUUCAACAACUGGAGCAGCAAGAUCCCCAUGAAUAAAAGCCAUAAUGAUUUUGUAGCAAUCUUGGACCUGCCUGAGGGUGAACAUCAGUACAAAUUCUUUGUUGAUGGCCAGUGGCUUCAUGACCCCUCUGAGCCGGUUGUCACCAGUCAGAUGGGCACCAUUAACAAUCUGAUCCAUGUGAAGAAAUCUGAUUUUGAGGUGUUUGAUGCACUGCAGGUGGACUCUCUCGAGUGCUCUGAUACGUCAGAUCUGUCUAGCUCUCCUCCUGGGCCGUACGGACAGGAAGUCUACAUGUUCAAACCUGAGGAACGCUUCAAAACACCACCCAUCCUGCCGCCUCACCUCCUACAAGUCAUACUCAACAAAGACACCAACAUUUCAUGUGAUCCUGCCCUGCUGCCAGAACCCAACCAUGUGAUGCUCAAUCAUCUGUACGCGCUCUCCAUCAAGGAUGGUGUGAUGGUUCUCAGCGCAACUCAUCGUUAUAAGAAGAAAUAUGUGACGUCUCUUCUGUACAAGCCAAUUUAAUAAGCUGUGAAUGACGCAUGAUCUGCUGUCCUCAUCCUCUAUAGUCCAGAUUGCACUAUAAACCCGCGAUAUGUAUCUGUCCGCUUGAGACUUCAACUGUAGUGUGUGUGUGUGUGUGUGUGUCCUGUCAUCACACAUUCAUACAAGGACAUCUAAACUUCCUGUUUCCGUCUUAGCUGAAGCAUUUUGCGAUUACAAUCUUGAGGGCCAGAGUUUUAUCUGUCCAAAGCAUUUAAAAAAUGUUGUCGAACAGAAUUCAGGAUAUAUUUGAAACCUGCUACAGACACAAGGAGUUCACAAAUAAAAGUGAGUUCAAUUUUUGAGUUUAACCAGAUGAACAUUUGAACGAAUUGUAUGCUUUAGUAGUGUAAUACUUCAUUUUAGAAACCGAGGUAAAGGAUGUUUAUGUGUCUAUUUUCAGAAUGAAAGGAAGUUUGAGCCAAACACAUUGGCAUUUAGUAUUUUCCUUCCUAACAGAAAUAAUCACUUCAAUACUUUCACAUCGGCACUGAGGUGCUUUAAGCAGAGUUGCGUUAUGACUUAAUCAAAAGGAAAUUUUAAGCAAUUUACAACAGCAUCAGAGUGGCGCAAAUAGAUCUUGAACUGUGUGUGUUUUCUGGAGUUUUACUGCAUGUGGUUUGAAUUUCAACGUGAUGCUGUCAGACGAGCACUUUAGCUGUUUCACUAUGACAGACAAACACAUUCUCUUUAUGUUAUCAAGCAGGAAUGUAUUUUUGCGUCUGUCAAAAAUGUUAUUUAUGCUAAACACUGUAUUGGCCAAACAUAUGUGGACUGGACUCAGCUUAACUGUUUUGUUCCAGCGGCGUUCGGGACAAGUUUUUCAGCUCAGUCUAGUUCUACAACAGCUGGACAGACAAACUGUAAUUCUCUCGAAUGUUGUUUCAGGUGUAACCUAAAGAUUAAUUUUCACUGGAAUUCCAGGAAUAGAUAGACCUGUUAAUGUGCAUCCACAUAUGUUUGGCCAUAAUAUGUAUGAUGUUUGUAUUAAAUAUUUGCUGUGUGAAAUGUUUGGUUUUGUUGGUUUUACCAUCUCUGGUCAUCAAUAUUAAAUUGCUAAAACAGAAAUGUGAUUCGUGAUCACAUCAGGAUUUUUUUAAUGAUGAUGAUAGUAUGGAUUAUAUUCAUGAGGUUUGCUGUGAGUUUAAUAUUUAUUGCCAUUGAAGAUUUAGUCACUCCAAAGAUAAUAAUGGUAACUUUAAUAUAAUGCAAGUGUGAUUUUCCAAAGGAAAGAUUCUCCAAAAUAAGAGUUUCAUGGGAUAACGGUGACACCACAGCAUAGCUUUGAAUGCUUUUACAGGUUAUUGUUUUGAGGGAAAGUCCACUAACUUGAUUUAUUGUAUGUACUGAUAAAUUAUUUGUUGAGUUAUGCAUUAUGAAUUAUGGAUGUUUUGCUUUAAAAAUAAAGUGAACCAUUCUAGAUUA